UUCGUUUUUGCACGCCUCCCCCCUUGAAUGCCCAGCUCGCAGACUGGCGGGUCUCUUCUCCAUCUCCCCCUCCUCUCUCUCUCUCUCUUCACCCCCUCUUUGGAUAUUUUUCGCCCGGGAGUUUCCGCACGCGUCCGCUUGCUGGCCUCCCGCUUUCCCCUCUCUCUCAAUCUCUCUCUUGUCUCCUUCCUCGCAGCCUCCUUCCCUCCAUCCAUCCAGCCCCGGCAGCGAGGAGGAAAUAUUACAAUGUUGCAAGCUGACGUAAGGACAUUGCGAGGCGAGGGCUACAUUUCGGCGUGUUUAUGAAAAAGCCAGCCUCGGUACUGUACUGUCACCAGGGGGCAUGCCGUAGGAAGAGGAGGAGGAGGAGGCGGCGGCGGAGGAGGCGGCAGAAGCAGCGCGCCCCGCAUUUGGGAAUCAGGACCAUCCGGCAGCCGAUCGGGACCGAGAAGAGAGAAGGGAAGGCGGGGGAAAUCCACGCCAAAGGCAGCCAAGCAGGGGAGCCAUGCGGGCAAACUUCGGGCGGAUUUUCGCCCUGACAUUGGCCGCCCCUCGUCCUUGAAUCGCGCACCUUGGAUUUGUUUUUGCUGCUGCUGCUGAUCCUGCCGCCGCGGCGUCGCCGUCUCCCUCCUUCCCUCCCGCCCCCCCUCCCCUUCUGCCUCGGAUCGGGCCUGGAUCGGAGGAGGAGAAGGCGCCUUCCUUGCCUGCCUGCCUUCCCCGCCUCGGCUGGCGCUGCCGCCCCUUCUGCUCCCUCCCUCCCUCCUUCCCUCUCUCCCUCCCUCCGCGCCUCGGGAGUCCGGCGUUGUUUUGAAGGGAGCUAACAUGGCGACGGUGCCCGUCUAUUGCAUCUGCCGGCUGCCCUACGACGUAACCCGCUUCAUGAUCGAGUGCGACGCCUGCAAGGACUGGUUCCACGGCAGCUGUGUUGGUGUAGAAGAAGAUGAGGCACCAGAUAUUGAUAUCUAUCAUUGUCCAAACUGUGAGAAAACCCAUGGUAAAUCAACUUUGAAAAAGAAAAGAAAUUGGCAUAAGCAUGACACAGGUCCAACUACAGAAGUCAAACCUGUACAAAAUGGUAGUCAGGUCUUCAUCAAGGAACUCCGAAGUCGAACAUUCCCAAGUGCUGAAGAUGUGGUAAUAAAAGUGACUGGAAGCCAGUUAACAGUUGAGUACAUGGAAGAAAAUGGAUUCACGGAGCCUAUUCUUGUUCCGAAGAAGGACGGUUUGGGCAUAUCAGUUCCUGCACCAACGUUUUAUGUCAGUGAUGUCGAAAACUAUGUCGGACCAGAAAGGAGUGUAGAUGUCACAGAUGUCACCAAACAGAAAGACUGCAAGAUGAAGCUAAAGGAAUUUGUUGAUUACUAUUACAGCACUAACAGGAAACGAGUCCUCAAUGUAAUUAACUUGGAAUUUUCAGAUACAAGAAUGUCCAGUUUUGUAGAAUCUCCUGACAUAGUCAAGAAACUCUCUUGGGUACACAAUUUUUGGCCGGAUGAUGCUUUGCUGGCAAAACCCAAAGUGACCAAAUACUGCCUGAUCUGUGUGAAGGACAGCUAUACAGAUUUUCACAUAGACUCCGGUGGAGCCUCUGCCUGGUACCAUGUCCUAAAAGGAGAAAAAAUAUUUUAUCUCAUCAAACCAACCUCUGCAAACAUUUCCCUUUAUGAACGCUGGCAGUCAGCAGCCAAUAAUAGUGAGAUGUUUUUUGCUGAUCAAGUGGAUAAAUGUUACAAAUGCACAGUGAAACAAGGACAAACACUUUUUAUCCCAUCAGGAUGGAUUUAUGCAACUUUAACUCCUGUUGACUGCUUAGCUUUUGCAGGACAUUUUCUACAUAGCUUAAGUGUUGAAAUGCAGAUGAGAGCCUAUGAAGUUGAAAGACGAUUAAAAAUUGUCAGUUUAACCCAAUUUCCUAACUUUGAAACGGCAUGCUGGUACACAGGAAGACACAUGCUUGAAUCAUUCAAAGGAUUGCACAAAGCUGGAAAGCAGCCUGCUCCUCAUUUAGUCCAAGGAGCAAAAAUUCUCAAUGGCGCUUUCAGGUGUUGGACGAAAAAGCAGGCUUUAGUAGAACAUGAAGAUGAACUCCCAGAACAUUUUAAACCAGCACAACUCAUUAAGGACCUUGCCAAAGAAAUAAGAUUAAGUGAGAAUGCGUUGAAAGUCACUAAACCUGAAGUGAGUGCCAGUGUGAAUGUUGAAGAGGUCAGCCCAGUGGAGAAAGAAGAAGCACCAUUGCCAGCACCAGAGACGCCCCCACCGCCUCCUCCCCCACCAUCACCACCUCCUCCUUCUCCACCAAUUGAAAAAGUUCCUAAGAAGAAGACUCCAAAAGCAAUGAAAACACCUAAGCCCUCCAAACUGGCCAAACCUCCAAAGCCCCCCAAACCUCCAAAGCCUCCCAAGCCUCCCAAACCUCCGAAGGUACCAAAAGUAAAGGGGGAAGGAAAGAAAAAAGGCAAAAAAGUAAAAGAAGUUCCUUCUCCACCAGCCAUUCCUAACUUGGACCUUCUUGAGGCUCACACAAAAGAAGCCCUAACAAAAAUCGAAACACCAAAGAAGGGAAAGGCUGCUAAGAAUCCUGUGAGUCCCCCUACUAAAGAACCAGUAGAAAAGCAAAAUGAGGUGGAAAAGUUUGAAAUUCGGGAGCAGAACAAGACCAAAACAGAAGCAAAGUGGAAAUAUAAGAACAGUAAACCUGAUUCAUUAUUGAAAAUGGAGGAGGAACACAAGUUGGAGAAAACACCAUUAUCUGGAAACAAAGACAAUAAAUUUAUGUUUUCAUUUUCAAACAAGAAACUAUUGGGUUCAAAGGGAGUGAAACCUCAAUUGAAUCCUGGCAUAUUUGGAUCCCUGCAAAAUUUUAAAGAAGAUAAAACAAAGCCUGUGAAAGAUGAAUAUGAGUAUGUUUCGGAUGAUGGAGAACUGAAAAUAGAUGAAUUUCCAAUUAGAAGAAAGAAAAACACCACAAAAAGAGAUUUGUCCUUUUUAUCAGACAAAAAAGAAAUUGCACAGUCCACACCAGUGAAGAAGCCAAAGGUAGAAUCUGCAUUGUAUAAGAGUGAUGAUUCCUCAGAUGAAGAUUCCCUCCACAUUGACACGGAGGCCAAGCCAGGGCGCAAUGCAAAAGGAAAAAAAGAAACUGGAAGCUCAGCAGGCAUCCUGGAUCUUUUACAGGCAAGCAAAGAAGUUGGGGGUUUAGAGUAUAACACCAACAGUCAGCCACCUGCAUCUCCCAGCACACAGGAAGCCAUCCAAGGAAUGUUGUCCAUGGCAAACCUCCAGUCUUCAGAUUCUUGCCUACAGCCUUCGUGGGGCACCAACCAAGCCAAGAAUAACUCUAUGUCUGCCCCAAACUCCAAAAAAACUGGAAGUAGCAACAACAAAAAUGCAGGCAAGAGGUUACUCAAGAAGAGCGCAAAAAAUAACAUUACAAUUGAAGACUAUGACGAGGACCAGGACCAUUUAGAUGCCUGCUUUAAAGAUUCUGAUUAUGUGUAUCCCUCCCUUGAAUCAGAUGAAGAUAAUCCAGUAUUCAAGUCCCGAUCAAAGAAGAGGAAAAGCUCGGAUGAUGCGCCAUAUAGUCCAACAGCAAGAGUUGGUCCAUCAGUUCCUCGACAAGAUAGACCUGUCCGAGAAGGCACAAGAGUUGCAUCAAUUGAAACUGGACUGGCAGCUGCCGCCGCCAAGUUAUCCCAGCAGGAGGAACAAAAGGGCAAGAAGAAAAAGAACGCCAAAAAGAAAUUAUCACCCAACAAUGCAAAUAAACUCCCCCAGGAAAGCAGCUCUCCUGAACCCAAGCUGGAGUCCCACAGCAGUAGUUUAGCAGACCACGAGUACACAGCUGGUGCAAGCACAUUUGGGGUGGCCCAAGUAAACAGAGGGCCUCAGCCCAUGGCUCCAGGAGUUUUCCUUACACAGCGGAGGCCAUCAUCAUCAUCACAGAAUAAUGCAGCUGCCAAAGAAGUAACACAAUAUUUUCCACAGGGAAACGUACAAAAAAAGGCAUGGCCACGGCUAAGCAAAGGCUUGGGAAGAUUUUGAAAAUCCAUCGGAAUGGAAAGCUUCUCCUUUAGAACGCAGCCACAGUUGGGACUGUAUCCGAGUUCAGAAUUCCCUGAGCUGACACUAACUCUUCAACUCUUGAAGGACCGCAGUAGUAUUGGGUGACAUCUUAGGGACAAUACCAGUUAACUUUUUGCCACCACUUUAACAAAUUCUUUUUAACUUUCAGCAGUUAAACAUGUACAGAAUACUGCUAUAAAUAUUUUUUAAUAUAGAUGUCCUUUCUCAAAUUGCUGAGAGUGACUAGUUCGCAAAAAGUUAAUACUCCGAGAUGCUGAGGAUCAUUCCAGUUUUAGGAAAGUAUCCCUUUAACUUGUUUAUAAGUGAAGAAAAAGCAGUUGUUUUUAAAAGUAUGCACAUUAAUUUUCAGUUACACUUCAUUUAUCAAAGCUGUACCAGUUUUAAAGAGGUAUCUGGUUAAGUGGCAAGAGAUGAGAGAUUUUUUUUUUUUAAAAAAAGCUCUAGUUAACUUGACUUGUAGAGAAAAGUGAUUUUUGCCAUUAUUGUGUGAUAAUACCUUCAAGAAGGAAAUUGCAUAAUGCAAUAUUCAGUUUUCUUUACCCAGAUCAUGCUAAAUAUGUUUUUACUCAAAACAAGAAUUGAAAUUGCACUUCAUCACCGCUAAAAAUGUCCCCUGUAACCAGACAUCAAAUGGCCAUGAGUGAAUUUAUUUAUUUUAUGUGCAAUCCAAGAUUGUUUCUGGAACAUAAUGGAUCACAAAUCAGAUCCAAUUGACUAUUGAUUUGGGCAAGGUCAAAUAUUCUCAUGCAGCUCUUUGAGAAAUCAGUGGGAUUUUUUCUGUUGAUGUUUGACUACAUGUUCACAAAUAGAUUUCCAAUCUUCCUUGUUCUUAUUUGUAAGGGGUUUGCAGUUUUUAAAGCAUUAGUUUGCAUGUUGUCCAUGCUCAUCUCUGCUUUCAUCACUGCAAAUCAAUAUGUAAUAAAAGUAGCCUUGUCGAAGCUUUUAAAAAAUAUACCCUUUAACAAUAUCUCACAAACUGAUACACAUAACUUGGGGAGGGGAAUUAUUGGCACUUCAGCACUGUCAGGUCUCUGUAUCCACAGAGUCUGCAUCCACAGGUUCUACUAUUCAUGGGCUGAAAAUAUUCAAAAAGGAAAUUCCAAAAAGCUAACCUUGAUUUUGCCAAUUUAUAUAAAAUAUACCAUUUUACUAUGCCAUUGUACAUAUGAGUAAUAGAACGAUAAUCCUCCACGGAUUUAGGUAUCCACAAGGAUCAUGGAAUGAAAUCCCACUGGCUAGGGUAUUACAGGCCUACUGUAAGAUCUGAAAACAGUGACUAUGUUUGGAGGCAGUUUUAAGAAAUUAUCAUCAGCUGUACUAAGUGGGCUUAUUUACAUGAUAGUGGAAGCAGAGGCCUGUUCUCUCCUCCUAGAUGUUGGUAGGUCAGGGUUCUUGUUUUGGAAUGAUGUCCAUUGUUAACUAGAGUUGAGAUGUCCAUGUUAUAUUGAAACCAAUUUGUAUGCCGAGAUCCCAUGCUCUGCUUGCAGUGUUUGAAAUCAUGGGGAAAAAAACUUUUGUGGAAGAGAAGCCAAUAGUUCAGUUUCUCACAAAGACUGGUUUAUUGGACUACAGGCAGAUCCUGUGAUUUUUCUGCAACAUUAUCUCCUGAUUUGGAUCCCACAUGCAAUGGCAGUUGGUUGCUUUGAUAUUUGUUGGAUGGGUUAUAUAGUUUGAACUUUAAGAUCACUAUUGAAGGUGGUGAAACUAGGCCCAGAGUACAUUCAGCACCUUGGACAGCUUCUUUAAAUUCAGACAAAAUCCAGAGCAAAUUCACUACCCACUGCCACUACCAACACCUUAGCCUCCCCUUUUCCAUUAUUAUUAUCAUCACAUUAGCAUGAGAUCUCACUGAGUAGAAAAGGCAAAGAUGUCACAAAGGAAAUAUGAUAUCUUCUGCUCAGAGCGCUAUGCAUGAAGACUUAGAAAUAAGUUCUACUGCAUUCAGUAGAGUUUAAUCCCAAGUAAGAAAGUAGAAGAUUGCCAUGUUACUUGGUUAGCUUCUAGCUUUUUGGAAACUUGUUCCUUAGAUUGCUAUUACCUUGCAAUGAUUUUUGAACUGUGUUUAAUGGUACACACAGCAGUUCAUGAGUGCACUAUCGUUGAUGCAAUCAUUUUCAAAAAGGCACUAAUUGACUAGGAUAUCUUUCCCCCCAGAACUUGCUAUGGUAUUUUUCAAUAUGUACCUAAUGAUUUAAUUGGUUACAAAACAACGUUGCAACCCCUCUUUGUUGUCUGCUGUUUUGUUACUUUUUAAAAAGAUAAGAAAAUGACAGAAUUAUUAGCCCUCCUCCCAAGAAAUGAGUAAGUCAGUCAUUAUUGUGGUGGAUGGAAGGAAUGUUUAAACCCCCGGCACCAAAGCAAAGUAAUGCCCAUUUUUAAAUAAAAGAAGCACCAUAUUAACCCCCCACCCCACCCCCAAGGUCUAUACUGAUUGCUAGUCGAAUGUAGAGAAGAUCCAUUGAAUACUUUGCUGCAUGGUAACUCCUAUGCAAGUUCAAUUGAUUCAGUGGGCCUCCUUUAGUCAGGACUAGUAACUGGAUUUAGGCCAGUAUGUUACAGGGAACAUAUGUGAGCUACUUAGCCAGGUACUCCCAGCCUCCUCCUCUCCUCCUUUUUUCCAUUCAGCCUUGAUCAUGUAUAAACCCAAGAAAUAAAUAAGCAAAGUUGUCUUAUGACAACCAAGAAUACAAGCAAGCACAUCAUCUUCUCAAUUCUCUGAUCCUUCUUUGGGGAGGAGGAUGUCCAGGCAGCAAAAAUGUGAGAUGACUGAGCACAAGCUCUUUGAGGCUUUUUCAAAAAAGAAGAGGAAAGCCCAUAAACCCAUUCAAUACCUGAAACAAAAUGGCUCACCGUCUGGGCAAGCAUUGAGCCCAAGGCAUGUGAUGAAAGGACAGACUGUGUGGUUCUGUCAGCAAUAUGCCUAAGGCUUCUGGCAUCCAUAUCAAAGCACUUCCUAUCAGAUGUGUUCAUCUGAAGGAACAAGGCUGCAGUGUUAAGAUGAGAGCCAAGCUUAUUGACAGUUUAACUGGAUACUUGUUGUCUCUUCACUCUCUUAGUGUUUGGUGCAGAGUGUGUUAUUUGAAAUCAAACCUGCUUGUCUGCAUAUCAACACUUAAGGAGUUAAAUUUGUUUCUCAGGCAAUCUCAGGUUUUCAUUUAUAGAUAUGUUUCCUAAAGCAUAUUUUUCAUAGAAUGUAGCCUGUAAAUAGCUUUUUAAAAUACCUUCUUUUUAUAAGAGCAAAUUAUCUUUAGGCAUUUCUUUCUAUAGAAUAAUUAAUUAACCUUUAUACAAGUUUUUUGCUGAGUAUUAUGAACAGUUGUAUUUUAGGUUCUUGACUCUAACAGAGAAACUUUGGGUUUAGUCCUUGUUUUUGUUGUGUUAUAUUUCCUUUCUUAAAAACUAAAAUUUGGCAUUGCCUGAAAAACAAUGAAAACUUUUGUGCAGCCUUAUAAAGAAUCACUUAUUCAUACAAAAUAAAAAAUGAUCUAUUUAAGACACAUUAUGAAGAAGAAUCUUCAACUUUAUGAUACCAGCUCCUUGUUUCAAUUCUUGUAUUAUGAGGGGAUACAAUUAUUUUAUUAGCACCUUGUGAAGUGUUUCUGUGUUUUGUGAUGAUGUAAUUUAUUAAUGUUUGUAGCUUUUUAUAUUUGUACAUUUCUUAUGAGCUUUGUUUAUAUACACAUUACCUGGAUGUGAUGUCCAUGAGGAAAAAAAACAGCUACAGAAGACAACUGAGGCCUUAUUAACUAACCUUUCUACAGUAAUGAUGUUGAGGCUGGGUCAGAACUCUAGGAGACAAAAACGUUAGUUGAAUAGGGCCCCAGGGUUAUGGCGAGCAGGUUUUUUUAAGCUUCCCUAGUAUCUUGUUCUUGUCAAGCAUUUCUAUAAUAUAACGCAAACAUCAUGCUGGUUUUUUUAUUAUUAUUAUUGUUAUUAUUAUGAUUAUUAUUUUCGCAACAUGUACAUUUCUAACAAAGUUUAUUGUGGCUAUCUAUUACAGUGUUUUAUUUACUGAUUCAUAUCAAAUGCUCUUGUAUCAAGUUCAUGAAAUCUAAGUAAACUUAGAUCAAAAUUUUAAAAGUAAAAUAUUUCAGGUUUUGUAUA